AUGCUAAGUCCGGUGUCCAAGGAGAGUCAACAGCAUAACGGCUGUAAUGGGGCCACCUCCAUGGACCUUUGUCCCCGCCCAGUGACCAGCGCCAGCGACACAAGAACGGGCCGCCAGGGCUGCAGGGAGCCGGCUGGGGCGCUAACACACAGCAGCACAUGGCGCGGCCGCAAGCACUGGCUGCGUGCAGGGGGAGGGGACACGCUGUUCCGGGCACCGGCCCGGGCCUACAGCCGGACCCCGCCCCCUCCCCCGGCCGGGCCAGGCCUGCUGUUUAUCCUCCCGGGGACACAGCGGCUGCAGGAACAACAUGUAAUUGAUAACAAGCCCAGCGCCGGCCAAGGGCUCGCCAUUGGGUCAGCGUGCAAAUCACGGGGGUGGCGGGUGGGGGCCGCCCUUCAAAAUAAGAGUCUCGGCUCCCUGCGCCAUCCGCAGGCCCCAAAGUCGCAGAGCCCAGGCGUCCUCCCACCUGUAGGACGGCAGGGGCUCCCAGGAGCCACCCGGUCCUUGGGAGAAAGGCGCUUCGGAAGCUCGCGCCCCGCGGUCGGCGUCCCUCCAGCCCUCGCCUACCGCGAGCGGGUCCCCGCGCUGUCCCGCCCGAGACCCGGAGCGCGUCGGAGACCGGCCUCGGGCACGGGAGGUUGGAGCCUUACGGCGCGGCACAGCCGCUCUGCGGAGCCAUCCCGGGGCCCCGGCCGCUGCCCCGCCACCCGCGCCCCGGGACGCCGCGGCGCUCCACGCCGCUCCAGGCCCAGCCGGCCCGGACACCCCGCCCAGGUGGGCGAGACGCUCCGACGGCCCAACGGGUACCCUGCUGCGCCCGGUCUCGGAGGAGGAGGCCGACGGCGAGGGGCCACGGGCCUCCCCGGGCCGGCACGGGGGAGGCGGCGACGCAGAGCCUGUCCGCCCGCCCCACGGAGGGCAGCUUCAGGCAAGCGAGGGGCACGCGGGCAGUGCUCCUUCCCGGCAGGUCGCGGCCUUCCCUUCCCGGCCUGGGUGCACAGCGUUUUCCCCGCUCCCCUCCCAGGACACCGCCAGAGUUGGAACUCGCGGCCAGACCUGGACUGGCCUGGGCUGCGCUGCGCUGCGCUGCGCUCGCUGGGCUGCCCAGAGUGCUGCGGGUCUGGGCUCCUGAGUCCCCGCCGGGGCUCCCGCUGGGUCGUGGGGUCCUCCCCGUGCACCCUGUCGGGCCCAGGGAUGCAGCGCCUGCCGCCACCGGGAGCCAGACCGAGGCUGGUGUUGAGGACGAAAUGCGUCUGCAGCAGCUUCAGCACAUAGAGGAUGAGAAACUGAGGAGCACAGAACAAUUAAUACUGUGUGACUUCACUUCUGUGUGGCGUGUUAGAAACUAAAAACAACAGGGGCACCUGAGUGGCUCAGAGCCACCAGAGCACCUAUCAUCGGCUCAGGGCGCAAUCCCGGGGUCCUGGCAUCCAGUCCGGCAUCCCUCUCCCACAGGGAGCCUGCCUCUCCCUCUGCCUGUGUCUCUGCCUCUCUGUGUCUCUCAUGAAUAAAUAAAUAAAAUCUAAAACACACACACACACACACACACACACAACUAAAAACAACAGACUCACAGAAAAAGAGAUCAGACUUGUGGUCCCCAGAGGCGGAGGGUGGGGGGAGAGGGGAUUGCAGAAGGUGAUGGAAGGUACAAACCUCCAGGCAUAAGAUAAAUAAGCCGGGAGCACUGCUGUGUGAUAUACAGGAAAGUCACUAAGAGAGUAGAUCCCCAGAGUUCUCACCAGAAGAAAGUCUUUUUUUUUUCUUUUUUCGCUUUUCCUUUUUAUUGUAUCUAUGGGAGAUGAUGGCUACUAGCUAAACUUACUGUGGUUAUUAUUUCACCAUAAAUGUGAGUCAGACCAU